AUGGGUCCUAAUCUCAAACGGCAAAUCAUAGAAAUACUUCAAGAUAUCUUAAAUACUCAAAAUGUAUAUAUAUCAACUUUCAAGACUACUCUCGAACAUGCACCUCCAAAUUUGUCAAACUUAAAGAUUAUAAUUAAAGCAGAUCAUAAACCUGCAAACGAGCAUAGUGGUCGUUACAAUGCUCCAACAACUAACGAAAUUGCUGUUUUAAUGUUGGAUGAAGACAAAGGUCCUAGAGACAUUGUUCUGCAUGGGCGUGACGGACGUUUACAGCGUGUUUCGGAGCUCCAUCGUUCAUAUGAUCCGCUGCAAUACCCUUUAAUGUUUAUUUGCGGUGAAGACGGUUAUUGCAUAGGCAUUCCAACAAUUUUUCCUGCAACCGGUCAAAUCAAUUUAAAUAAAACUGUUUCGUGCAUGCAAUUUUACUCCUAUAGAUUUAUGGUGAGGGAUAAUGAAACAAAUUUUCUGCUUUUAUUUCGCAAGCUUUUCAGUCAGUUUGUUGUUGAUAUGGCCGCCAAAAUGAUAUCAGCGAGACUUAAUUUCAUAAGAACACAUCAGAAAACUCUAAGAGCUGAAAAUUAUAUUCACUUAAGAGAUGCUGUUAACAAUGACGCUAACGUCAACCCUCGGAAUGUAGGUCAACAAAUAAUUUUACCAUCUACUUUUACUGGAUCGCCAAGAUAUUUGCACGAAAAAAAUCAAGACGCAAUGACAUAUGUGAGAAAACAUGGCCGUCCAGAUCUCUUCAUCACGAUGACCUGCAAACCAGAGUGGCAGGAUAUUAAAACUGAGCUUUUUUCGAGACAGAAAUCUGUUGAUAGACAUGACAUCGUUGCAAGAGAUGAUGGCUACCCACAAUACCGUCGACGUUCCUUGGAGAAAGGUGGUGAAGUUGCUGUCAUUGGUACAAAGGAAAUAAAUAAUAGUUGGGUUGUGCCAUAUUCUCCUAUUUUAAGUAGAUGUUUUUCAGCGCAUAUCAAUGUAGAAUAUUGCCACUCUGUAAAGGCUAUAAAAUAUUUAACAAAAUACAUAAACAAGGGAAGUGACCAAGCUACUUUUGCAAUAAAAGAUCCAAAGAAUGAGGUAGAAAAAUACUUAAAUGGUCGCUACUUGAGCACUUCAGAAGCGUUCUGGCGAAUAUUUAAAUUUCCUAUUCAUGACCACUAUCCUGCUGUGUAUCAUUUAGCUGUGCACUUAGAAAACGGCCAACGAGUUACCUUCAACGAUUCUAACUUUCAACAAAUAUCACAGAACCCACCCGCAACGACGCUAACAGAAUUUUUUAAACUUUGUAGGAAUGAUAAUUUUGCAAAAACUCUUUUAUAUUGCGAUGUACCCUCUUACUAUACCUGGAAAAACAAACAAUUUUACCGUCGUAAGCAAGGAAAAGUGGUUCCAGAAUAUCCAGGAAUAAAACGAGACGAUACUCUUGGCCGAGUAUACACAAUUCACCCCAAUUCCGGUGAAUGCUUUUUUUUACGGAUUCUGCUUCACAAUGUUCGUGGACCAGUUUCUUUUAAAAUGAUCAGAACUGUUAACGGCGAAAUCCAACCAACAUACCAAGCUGCGUGCAAAAAGUUGGGACUUCUCGAAGAUGAUGAACACUGGAAAUACGCUUUGGUUGAUGCCUCCGCAACACAGUCACCACGACAGAUUAGAGAUUUGUUUGCGAUCUUGCUUAUGUUCUGUCAGCCAACUGAACCAAAAAGUUUGUGGGAAGAAUUUAAAGAAAGUAUGUGUGAAGAUAUUUUAUAUCAAGCACGUUCUGAGCAAAGAAAUAACGAGCUCCUAUUUUCUGAUGACAUUUUCAAUCAAGGUUUAAUUUUGAUCGAAGAUAAACUUUUAAUGUUAAGUGAUAAGCGAAUUGAUGAGUAUGGACUUCCAAAACCAACAAGGAUUAACCAAAUGGACUAA